UCUGAGAUUAAUUCGGUAUCUGUGUGUAUGUUAUUUGUGGAAUCUUGUCUUGUUUUUUAAUUAUGGGACAGAUUGUGACCACACCUUUGGACUUGACCUUGAAGCAUUGGACUGAAGUUAGGGCCAGAAGUAGAGACUUAUCUGUACUAAUAAAGAAAAGACCCUGGCAGACUUAUUGUGCCUCUGAGUGGCCAUCUUUAGGUGUAGGCUGGCCAUCAGGGGGCACUUUUGAUGCAGGAAUAAUAUUGCUCGUUAAAGAUAUUGUUUUCCAGGCUGGACCUGGAAGACAUCCUGACCAGCAACCCUACAUUGUGGUCUGGCAAGACCUCGUCCUGAACCCCCCACCUUGGGUAAAACCUUGGGUACAUCGGCCGACGAAUUGGCCUGUCACUCAAGUUUUCUCUCUAAAGGAGGCCCCAUCAUACAAAGAUGAAAGGGCUUCGGGAAUCCAGCCUCACCCAUGGAUAUACCCAGAGAUUGAGGGGCCCCCGACCUGGUCGGAACCCUUUCCUCCCCCUUAUCCACAAGCCCCUGCCCCUCCCGAGCCUAUUGCAGAGCCCUCAGCGCCUUCCGGGGAGAUUCACGGACCUGCUUGUCAGAGAGCAGUUUCCCCUGGGGCACCUGAUUCCACAGUAGCCCUCCCCCUGAGAGCUUAUGGGCCACCUCCCCCUGAGGGUCCUAAUGUUCAACUUGCGGCUCUGCAGCCGCUUCAGUAUUGGCCAUUCUCCUCCUCUGACCUGUAUAACUGGAAGACUAACCACUCUUCCUUUUCUGAGGACCCACAGAGACUGAUGGGUCUUGUGGAGUCCCUUAUGUUUUCUCAUCAGCCCACCUGAGAUGAUUGCCAACAGCUAUUGCAGAUGCUGUUUACCACUGAGGAAUGAGAGCGCAUUCUUUUAGAGAGCAGAAAGAAUGUUCCUGGGGCUGAUGGGAGACCCACCCUGAUGCCCAACCUCAUUGAUGAUGCUUUCCCCUUGGGCUGACCAGAUUGGGAUUACAACACCGCCGAAGGUAGGGAGUGACUGAAAGUCUAUCGCCAGACUCUAGUGGCGGGUCUCAAGGGAGCGGCGAGACGCCCAACCAAUUUGGCCAAGGUAAGAGAGAUUACUCAAGGGGAGAUGGAACCGCCUUCAGUAUUCCUGGAAAGACUAAUGGUCACUUUCCAGCGGUAUACCCCUUUUGACCCAGAAUCGGAGGGACAGAGAGCUUCCGUAGCCAUGGCUUUCAUAGGACAAUCAGCUCCGGAUAUUAGAAAGAAGCUUCAGCGAAUUGAGGGAUUACAAGAUUAUACUAUACGAGAUCUAGUAAAGGAAGCCAACAAGGUGUAUCAUAAGAGAGAGAGAAAGAAAGAAAGAGAACAGCAGAGAGAAAAGGAAAGAGAGGAACGAGAGAAGGAAAGAGACAGAAGGAAGGAAAAGGACUUAGCUAGGAUCUUGGCUGCAGUCGUUAGGGAAAAAAAUUAUAAGGGUCGAGAAAAUAAACCAAGGCAGACAGGGUACCUGGGCAACAGAAGACCACUAGACAAAGAUCAAUGUGCGUAUUGCAAGGAAAAUGGACAUUGGGCUAGAGAAUGCCCUAAGAAAAAGGGAGGACCUCCUAAGAUACUGGCCCUGGGAGAGGAAAACAGCUAGAGGGGAUGGGGCUUGGAGCCCCUCCCCGAGCCCAGGGUAACCCUAACUGUGGAGGGGCAACCUGUGGAGUUACUAGUUGACACUGGGGCACAACACUCUGUUUUAUUGCACCCCUUGGGAGAUAUAAAAGAAGAGAAAUCCUGGGUAAUAGGAGCUACAGGGCAUCAACAAUAUUCAUGGACUACUAAAAGAAAAAUAGACUUAGGAAUAGGCCGAGUGACUCAUUCCUUUCUGGUGAUCCCCGAGUGCCCAGCCCCUUUGCUUGGGCAAGAUCUGCUCACCAAGAUGGGGGCCCAAAUCACUUUCUCCCCUGAGGGCCCCAAAUUAGAAGCUAAGGGGCCUGUUACUCUUCUAACCCUAUGGCUGGAGGACGAACAUCGGCUUUAUGAGGUGCCACCUUCACCAGAGACUAACAUAGAGCAUUGGCUAUCAAAAUUUCCCUGGGCAUGGGCUGAAACUGCAGGGAUGGGACUAGCCCUCCAAGCUCCACCAAUCCUGAUAGAAUUAAAGGCAAACUCUGAACCCAUCGCAGUCCGGCAAUAUCCUAUGAGCCUUGAGGCCCAACGGGGGAUCAGGCCCCACAUCCAGCGCCUCUUAGAAUUAAGAAUUUUGAUGCCCUGUCGUUCAGCAUGGAAUACCCCUCUCCUACCAGUCCAGAAGCCAGGCACAAAAGACUUUCGCCCUGUACAAGAUCUUAGGGAAGUUAAUAAGCGAGUGCAAGACAUUCACCCUACCAUGCCUAAUCCUUAUAACCUAUUAAGUUCUCUCCCCCGUGACCGAAUCUGGUACACUGUUUUAGACCUUAAAGAUGCUUUCUUCUGCCUAAGAUUACAUCCUGCCAGUCAACCUGUUUUCGCCUUUGAGUGGAGGGACCCAGAGAAUGGUCAAGCGGGACAAUUGACCUGGACACAGUUACCCCAAGGAUUCAAAAAUUCGCCUACUCUAUUUGAUGAGGCCUUGCACUGAGAUCUUGCACCUUUCCACACCGACAACCCCCAGGUAACUCUCCUCCAAUAUGUAGAUGAUCUGCCCCUGGCCGGAGCCACAGAAGAAGACUGUCUAUUGGGAACUGAAAACUUGCUGACUGAAUUGGCAUGUCUAGGAUACCGAGCCUCAGCAAAGAAAGCACAGCUCUGUAAAAGAGAGGUAACCUACCUGGGAUAUAAUUUAAGAAAUGGACAAUGCAGGCUGACAGAGGCCAGAAAGAGAACUGUGACCCAGAUUCCUGUCCCAAAAACUCCGCGGGAAGUCAGAGAAUUUUGGGGUACUGCGGGGUUCUGUCAGUUAUGGAUUCCUGGUUUCGCCAAUUUAGCAGUCCCCCUUUACCCUCUGACUAAGGAAGGUGCCCCCUUUACUUGGGGACCCCAACAACAAGAAUCCUUUGACAACAUCAAGCAGGCCUUGUUGUCUGCUCCAGCUCUCAGUCUACCUGAUCUAACUAAGCCUUUUGCCCUGUUUGUCGAUGAGAAAAGGGGAAUCGCAAAAGGAGUGUUAACCCAAACUUUGGGACCUUGGAAAAGGCCAGUGGCCUUCCUGUCAAAGAAACUGGACCCAGUAGCACAGGGGCGGCCUGUCUGCUUAAAAUCAAUAGCUGCCAUUGCCACCUUGGUGAAAGAUGCUGAUAAACUAACUAUGGGACAACAAUUAACUGUCAUAGCUCCCCAUGCCUUAGAGAGCAUUAUCCGACAGCCUCCAGACAGAUGGCUGUCAAAUGCCCGGAUGGUUCAUUGUCAGACUCUGUUGCUGAAUGAAAGAAUCCAGUUUGCUCCUCCAGCUAUUCUCAAUCCCGCUACCCUGCUGCCUGAUGUCACCAAGGAACAGGUGAUACAUCAAUGCCACGAGAUUUUGGCUGAAGAGGCUGGGUCCAGGAAAGAGUUGACUGACCAGCCCUGGCCUGGAGCUCUCACAUGGCUCACUGAUGGAAUCAUCUACAUCGUGGAAGGAUGGGUAGAGGCCUACCCCACGAAAACAGAAACUGCUACUAUUGUGACAAAGAAGAUACUCGAAGAGAUCUUCCCAAGGUUUGGCAUCCCUAAGGUAAUCGGUUCAGACAAUGGGCCAGCAUUUGUUGCCCAGGUAAGUCAGGGACUAGCCAAGGUCCUGGGGUUUAAUUGGAAAUUGCACUGUGCUUAUAGACCCCAAAGUUCAGGUCAAGUAGAGAGGAUGAAUAGAUCAUUAAAAGAGACCUUGACCAAAUUGUCCUUAGAGACUGGCAUUAUAGACUGGACGGUCCUCCUACCCCUUGCUUUGCUCCAAGUAUGGAAUACUCCGGGAAAAUUUGGUUUAACCCCUUUUGAAUUGAUUUAUGGAGCCCCUCCUCCUGUAAUAGGAGUUGGUAACUUGACAGAUCCAAAUGUUGUCUCUUCUAAACCUCUUUAUGGUAGAUUAAAAGCCCUUGAAACUGUCCAACAUGAAGUGUGGAAACACCUGAGAGAAGCUUAUGCUCCAGGAGACCUCCAAGUUCCUCAUCAUUUUCAAGUCGGGGACUCCGUCUACAUCCGCUGUCACCGGGUAGGCAACCUAGAGCCUCGUUGGAAGGGACCUUUCCCGGUAUUGCUGACCACUCCCACCGCCGUCAAAGUCGAUGGAAUAUCAGUUUGGACCCAUGCUUCCCACGUCAAACCGGCCCCCCCACCGGCCCCAGAAUGGAGACUGGAAAAGACUUCUAACCCCUUCAAGUUUAAGGUUGUACGGACUCCUGACUCUAAUCCACCCCCUUCUGAGUAG